AGUGUCUAUGAGGACAACUGAAAGAAUUUUGUUUUUUUUUUUUGGGCCGUGGCUCCAACUGCCCACAGGAGCAAGUGAGACGGCAGUAGACAGAGUGCGACAGAGAGAGGGCGAUACAGAUGUGCGAGCGGCGGAAUCCGGACUCCGGGGGGUUGAGACGGUGAAGGUGAGCAGGUGAAGGUGCCCAGAAGGACGCAGGACGACGAAGAGGACCAUGGAUUGGACCCGGUGGCAAAUGGCCAGAGAAAGAGCUGGCAACCCUGGACAAGUCAGGAACAACCCUGGGCGCAAGGAUUGCGAUCGCGAGACCCGAUUGGAGUGUUUGCCCAUUUGAUUCGUUGCGGCUUCACACGUAGGUUCUAUCAGUCAGCCAGUCAGUCAGUCAGUCAAUCAGUCAGUCAGUCAGUCAGUCACCCACUCAAUAAAUCAAUCGUGCCACAGUGCUCGAUUGUCGUUGUCCCCCUCAAAUCAUCAUCAGUUGAAAACAGAAAUACAAUAGCAAGCGAUCAAGACAUGCACAUUACUGUAAAUACUCAAAACUAGUUUCAUAAACAAAAAACCAAGGAAAUAUACAAAAACCCGAAAACCAAAAAGUAAAUAUAAAAAAGUGCAGUGUUCAGUGUUCGACGACAAAGGGAAAAAGAGACGGCAGAGGAAAAUCGAGUGGGGAAAAACCGAAAAGUGAGAGGGCGGCCGAGGGCUGCCCCGCAACAACUGAAAAACCAAAAAAAAAAUCGACAACCUACAAAUCAACAAUAACAACAACAACAGCAUAACGCCCCCAACACUGCCAAUGCCAUUGCCAUUAUCAAGAACAACGUUCGUUCAUCAUCGUUCGUUUAGAUUUGACACAAGGUACUAUCACGCAAACUAAAGCCACAUCUUGUUGCGGACACCGUUAAGCAGUAUAUAAGUCGGGCCCAACGCACAACCAAAAAGGGUUCUCAAGAGCAGCAAAAUAUGGAGUUUUUACGCGGCGUCUAUGCGUUUAUGCAAGUGAGUAGAUCAUCGGUGUCUCAUGUCAAAAUCGAUUCACCUGUUUUUCGCCUGCACACCAACGCAACGGUUAUAUUACUGAUCACAUUCUCGAUUGCUGUGACGACGCGGCAGUACGUAGGAAAUCCCAUAGACUGUGUACAUACAAGAGACAUUCCCGAAGAUGUUCUCAACACAUAUUGUUGGAUACACUCAACGUAUACAGUGGUCGAUGCGUUUAUGAAGAAGCAAGGUUCCGAGGUGCCUUUUCCCGGAGUUCACAAUUCACAGGGCCGCGGGCCUCUAACAAUAAAGCACACAAAAUAUUAUCAAUGGGUAGCGUUUACACUAUUUUUUCAGGCAAUCUUAUUUUAUACACCAAGAUGGCUGUGGAAAUCUUGGGAGGGUGGCAAGAUUCAUGCGCUCAUCAUGGACUUAGACAUAGGCAUUUGUUCCGAAGCCGAGAAAAAACAAAAAAAGAAAUUACUUUUAGAUUAUUUGUGGGAAAAUUUAAGAUAUCACAAUUGGUGGGCGUACAGAUAUUACGUGUGUGAGCUGCUCGCCCUUAUAAAUGUGAUAGGUCAAAUGUUUCUUAUGAAUCGAUUUUUCGAUGGCGAAUUUAUGACAUUUGGCCUGGAUGUGAUAGAUUAUAUGGAGACCGAUCAGGAAGAUCGCAUGGAUCCGAUGAUUUACAUAUUUCCCAGAAUGACCAAAUGUACAUUUUUUAAAUACGGUUCAAGUGGGGAGGUGGAGAAACACGACGCCAUUUGCAUUUUACCAUUAAACGUUGUUAAUGAGAAGAUUUACAUUUUCCUUUGGUUUUGGUUUAUAUUAUUAACGUUUCUCACAUUAUUAACGCUAAUAUACAGGGUGGUUAUUAUAUUCUCUCCUCGGAUGAGGGUCUACUUAUUUCGUAUGCGAUUUAGGUUAGUGCGUCGUGACGCUAUUGAAAUAAUCGUUCGUCGUUCGAAGAUGGGCGAUUGGUUUUUGUUGUAUUUACUAGGUGAAAACAUAGAUACAGUUAUAUUUCGUGAUGUUGUACAGGACUUAGCGAAUCGUUUAGGACAUAACCAACACCACAGGGUGCCUGGCUUGAAAGGUGAAAUACAGGAUGCAUGAUAUUGGGAGUAUUAGAAGCAAUACAAAAUGCAAUUUGUCGUCUCCAUUUGAAAACCAUCGAAAUCAACAACAAUAAGUGUCAGAACAACGACUCGAAAAACAAGACUAAGAAAUGAAAAUUACAACCACAAAGGAAUCUAGAGAUCUUCGCAGCAGCCGCUUCAUAAACAAACUCAAAACUCAACACACACACCGCUAAAAAAUCUUUAAAAAACGUAUCUCAAAAAUACAACCAAAAAAACUAUCGUCAGCUCGCAGUCAGUCAUCAAAAAUCAGCAUUAAAUCAGCUCAGCCAUGGAGACCACGAUCGAUAGUCGAUAGUCGAUACAGCAGGAAAAGCACACAUCCAAAAACCACAGGAGAAAUGAACAGGAAAUAAAUGGAAGCGGAAUGAAAGCAGGGAGAAAUAUGGAAAAAAUAGGAAAACAUCAACAGCCACGCAACGAAAGGAAUUUUAAGUAAAUAAAAAAAUCAAAUUAACGAGAAAAUCGAUAAACGAUAAUGGACAGAGGAUAACAAUCGAGGAAGACAGGAUCGCCAGGCCGGUGGCAAGUAGCGCCUGCCGUCGGCCAGGGGUCACAAGGUCACAAGGUCACUACGUCACAAGGGAUCGCCUGGGAAAUCAGAGUCAGCGAUCAGCGACCCAUAGAAAAGUUGCCCCAAGGACAAGGUCAAAGUGUGAGGAAACGGAAACGGAAGCCACAGACAGACACACACACAUACACACACACACGACGUUACAUACACAUAACCACGCUUACAGCGACAUCACUCAUACGCCCCGUAGAACACACACACACAUCGCACUUUGCUUGUCAUGCAGCGUUAACUAAACCAAACAUCAACAAAGUCGAGACGACGCCCGCGGAAAAUUGCAUUUCUGUAUUAACCCAAUAAAAAAGAAUGAAAAAUCGAAGAUCAGCAUCACUUUCACCGAGGAGAAGCACAGGAAACGAGAUGCUACAGCCACAACAUCUGAGGUAAAACAACAACAAAAGCAAGAGACGAAGAGCAGCAAAUGAAAGUCAAGAAAAUCGCAGAAGGAAGAGGAGGAAAUCGCAGAGAAGAGCAACAGUUUAAUUAAAUUAAAUUCAAUUCAAUUAAAUUACUUAUUACAAUGAUAUCUUGAAGUGUUCAUGUAUUCGAAUGUAGGUUAACUAAGUCAAGCAUACAAAUAAUUCUAUACAUAUAUGUAUAAUAUAUAUAUUAUAUAUAUAUAUAGACAACAACAAACAUUUUUUUUUCUAACUCUAAGCAUUUGUAUUACCCGCUAAACAAAUGAACAAAACAAAAC